AUGUUUCGUUCACGACUAAUAUUUUUUGUACUAAAAUUAAUUUUAUUAAAUUCAGUCUACAGCAAUAAGGUAUGCGAUUAUAAGGACGUAAAAUGCCAAACAAUUGGUGCAAACAAGACUUUUAAGAAUGUCAUACUGGGAGUCACAGGCGUAAUAGAACCAAGCGAUCCAAUAUAUUUACCGGACUGUGAGGGCGAAAUGAUUACUGAAAAAGUUUUAAAGUAUAAAAUAAGGAAUGGCACGCUGUCAGGAAUGAGCAGUUGUCGGUUUACAUAUCACAAAUUGAAUGGCGAAGACUCAACAUACAGAUCUGUACUUUUGUGCGAUCAAUUGGUUUUAAGUCAUUAUUUUGAAGCUAAAGGAUAUAUCGGUCCCGUAGAAAUUGAUGGACAAGGUUAUCUCGAUCUUACGUUAAAUGAUUACGUGAUCAAAUUUAGUGGUAAAUUCGAGGAAUUCACUUCCGAAAUUGAUAAACAGCUACACUAUCAUAUUAAGACUUGUCAUUAUGGAUUUGAACCCAGAGGUGAAGUGGAAGUUGAUAUCAAAUCUCCUCUGCACAGUGACAAAACUAAAUCUGAUUUGGCUAAGGCCUAUUUGAAAGAACAUCCGAGUAAAUUAGAAGAAGGGGCUCAUUCACCAGUCUUAGAAAACUACAUGAAAAUAUUCAUUAAGAAUCUAGACACCUAUUUAGGAGCUGUACCUGCCGACGUAGUGCUGCCUGCUGCCAAGAAAAAUAUUUGA